AGAGAUAAUGCUAAUGAAAGUUAUACUUUUUCCCCGCAUUUUUUUGCUUCCACUUUUAUUUCUGGCUUGGGGAAAAAGGAAAAUAAGCAUAUGAAAGUAGUGUGUGGCUUGUUUUUAAUUCCCAUAGCUUUCAAAUAGAGGUGUUGAUUUUUUCAGGUCCAUUAGAACAUCAGGGUGGUGACAUCACGUCUUUAUAAGGAGUUUGCAUAUUUAGAAGUCUCCCCUGGAGCAAGAAGAGAUGGGGAAACACAAGGAAAAGUUAUUAAUUCUGCGGUAGGAGAUCGAAGGAACUCAUCUGGCUUGCAUUUCAGGAAAGAGUUCAUAUUAAGACAUGGACAGUAAUAUGGGAUAUAUUCUGAGCUAAUAGAACUGAAAUCUGAGAGUUACUUUAACUAUUGGAUAUCAUGGUUAUACUAACAUUGGCUAAAAAAUAAGAGCUUUCUAACCUUGAGAGAAAGAAUAAAUAUAAUAAAACAUGAGAAUUCUCUUUUAACUAAUAACCCGAGUUUUUAUUCACCAGAUCUUCACCUGAGCUUCAAAUUUGUGUAAAGAUGGAUUGCUUUCCUUUUUGUCCAAAAGGUUUCCACUUCUUCUGUAUAAAAUCCUAAUUCCUAUUUAGUCAUCUCAUGUCUGAUCUCGAAUAAACACUAGAAAGAACAGCCUAGAAGACAUUAGAGAGAAAGGGAUAAACAUAUGUAAAAUAAGAAAGCAGCUCAGAAGAUCUUUUUCAGUCUGCAGCAAAGGUGAGUCUGACCCUCAGCAUCACUAGAUGUGAGCUGGGGUCAGAAUGAUAGAAUAGUGGUGGUGGAAGACAAUGGAUAUCCAAGUCCCUUUGCUCUUUUGACGCUUCAUGAUCCUGUUCUCUAGACCUCCUUCUCUCUGCUUACUUGCUCUUUCUCUAUUUCUCUACAUCUGUCUUCAAGUGGGGCCUGCAGUUGUUCCUGGCUGACACACCAAAGGCUUGGCUGCCACUGAGUUUAGAGGCACUUUGAAUCAUUGGACGGUAGAUAAAGGGUGGGGAGAGCAUACAACUUAGGGGAUUUUUUAAUAUCCAUUUUGUGCCUUGUAUAUUAAAAUUGUAUUCUAAUAUAUUGUACAUCUGCUUUUCUUUGAUCCGUUUUUACUAUUCAUCUGCUGCCAGCCCUCCGGUCUGGAACUGAUUAUUUAGGGAAAAUUGGUGGAGCCAUCUGGAAACAGGAGCAACUUGAGUUUCUGUCUGAUUUCUAAUGCAUGUUUUGAUUGAUGCUAAUUAUACGGUUUAUUUCAUUAUUUAUUGUUUCUGUUCAUUGUUCGAAAAGAAAAUCCUAAUCCAAAAUGAAUUGUUUUGAAAGGCUUUGGACUUGGCUGCCCUUUCCACAGAGCACUCUCAGUACAAGGACUGGUGGUGGAAAGUGCAGAUUGGAAAAUGUUACUACAGGAAAUGAACAAUAUUUCAUCAGCAGCGGAAUACUACAGAGAAGUUUUGAAACAGGACAAUACUCAUGUGGAAGCCAUUGCGUGCAUCGGAAGCAACCACUUUUAUUCUGAUCAGCCAGAAAUAGCUCUUCGGUUUUACAGGCGACUCCUGCAGAUGGGUGUUUAUAACUGUCAGCUCUUUAACAAUCUGGGGCUCUGCUGCUUCUAUGCCCAGCAGUAUGAUAUGACUCUGACCUCGUUCGAACGUGCCCUUGCUCUGGCUGAAAAUGAAGAAGAGGCAGCCGAUGUCUGGUACAACCUGGGCCACGUAGCUGUGGGCAUAGGGGAUAUCAACUUGGCCCAUCAGUGCUUCAGGCUCACUCUGGUCAACAACAACCACCACGCCGAGGCCUACAACAACCUGGCCGUGCUGGAGAUGCGGAAGGGCCACGUCGAGCAGGUCAGUGAACUACUAUGGCACAGUGGACAAUCUGCUUUCUUCAAAGAGGGGCUGUCAG